UCCGUGUUUACGCCUAGGACAAUACGACCCCUCCCUUUCCUGGCUCUCUCGCCCUCCCUCACCGAGAUGUCAUCUAACCUGCAGGUGAGGCGCUCAGCCGCGGUUUCCCCGCUCCAACCCAGAGUGUGCGCGGAUCAUACGGGGAAGCGGCGCGCUGCGCUCCACAAAGAACCAAAUUCCCUGCAGGAUUAUCGGAUUCAGAAACGGCCGAGCGUCCGAAUAGGAAAGCGGACUGGGGAGGAUUGGAAAAGACAACAGAGUGGACGGGAAGGUGUGCAGUGUGUUUUUUGGAGACUUGCAAACCUGACGUGUGCACUGAGUGAGACAGCAACCUGAGUCCCAUCCCAGGGGCAUCCAAUAUGCCUGCUUUGGUGUCACAGCUUUUGGGCAAGACUAAAGUUGGAGGCAGGUGCUGCAACCCUGCUGCUGCAACUAUGCUGCUACUGCUGUAUCUUGGCUUCAUUCCCAGAGUGGCCCCUUGCCCACCACACUGCCUUUGUGCCAGUGAUAUAAUUUCCUGCAGCGGGAGCAAUCUGUCUACAUUACCGUUUGGACUUCCAAGCUAUGCCUCGAGGCUGGACCUGAGCCACAACGUCCUGAGAGCAGUACGAGUAGACUGGAUUUCCCAAUCAUUUCAUCGGCUCAUCACACUAGUUCUCAGCUGGAACACCAUAAGCCAAAUCGAGAUGGCUGCUUUCACUGCAACGCCACAUCUCCUCUACUUGGACCUUUCUUCUAACCAAUUGAGAGUCCUGAACUCAUCCAUCUUCACUGGGCUGAAAGAACUUAAAGAGCUUCUGCUGAUUGGAAACCAUAUUGCCCAAAUAAAGCCUGGAGCCUUUACUGAUCUCAGUGGCCUGCAGAGACUCUACAUCUCUGCAAACAGUCUAACCACCUUCCCCCUUGGACUUUUUGAGGAUCCUAGAGGGCCACGUAACCUGACCUUCCUGGACCUGUCAUACAACAGGUUGUCCAAAUUACCCAUCCAGAGCCUGCUGUCUGUCAGCCGCCAUGCAGGAAUAUAUUUACAGGAAAACCCUUUGCUCUGCGACUGUGCAUUGAUUGCCUUGCUUGAAUACUGGCUGUGGAAACAAUAUCACCCUUUGGUGGAUUUCCAAGGGGAAUACCAAUGUAGAGGCUCCGCAGUUCAAGAGGCUAAUUGUACAUAUCCAGGUUUGUUGGACAAACCUCUUCAUACACAAAACUACCAAGUACAGCCUGGUGAUUGGUUAAGAGUGCCCUGUCCUGGGUUAAGUUUACCUGUCCAACAAGGGUUGAUAGUUUUCUGGGUUACUCCAAGUACAACACUGAAUUCAUCAACAAGUGAUCCAAGAGCCCAUUUGUCAGUCCUUCCUAAUGGCACGCUUGAAUUUCAAGGAACGCUAAUGGAAGACUCUGGCAUAUAUGAGUGUGUGGUGGCUCGGGGACGCAACCAUGAUUCUGGUGACUCUGCAGAGGUCAGAGUGAAGGUCGGAAACUCAAGCAUCUCCGCCACCACAGGCUUGGCUCGUCGCGGCGGCGGUGAACAUUUCAACACUGCGUUUACAACCCUUGCUUCCUGUGUGAUAAGCAUCAUACUGGUCCUGCUUUACCUCUACCUUACUCCAUGUCAGUGUCGAAAAAGCAGAGGCUCCAGAGGCUGCGGCGCGCGGGCCAUCAUUCUUUGUUCUGACCCCAGAGAGGUAGAGUCGGGACAAAGACGUGCCAAUGGAAAGAGGGUGGCAUUCUUAGAGCCUCAGGCUGAGGACUCAGAUAUUAGUGUCCCAAAAACCCCAGUGAUGACAUUGGACCAUGUGUCCACCGAGGGAAUUCUCAAAAAUGGAAGUAGGACAGUGGGACACACCAUCACUGACCCUGCUCACAUGGAAUAGUGGGGAAAGGAACCUUCUGCACUACAUUGUACUCUUCCAGUACAUCUAACCAAUUGAGAGUCCUUUUUUUACUUCGAUGUGGAAAAAAAACUAUUAGAUGUAAAGUAAUGCCCUGUGAGUUCUAUGAAGUAGUUGUUCACCAUGGGUUGUGGAAUUUUGUCUAAAAGGCAGAGUCCUUUAACAGAGUAGAAUUUAAAUUACGUCUCAUCUCUGUGCGGUGUCUGUUUUAUAUUCAGAGUUUAUAUGGAAAUUUCCCUGUUAUCUCUGAGAAUCACUCCUGCGUGGAUCAGAGAUCAUAGAAACGUGGGAGGACUCUUUAAAUUGGGCCAGUAGGGAUAUUUUCACACCUGAUUGAUGGGCUAAGUUUGAGGACUUCGCUAUUAGUCUACACUGUCGAGCAGUGGCUGUGGAUAAAUUCAUAGUUUGUCUGUUUUGCUAACUUUUCAUCUCAUGUGACAAAUAAUUUUUUUAAUGUUCCCUCUGGUUUAGCUUUUUUUUUUUUUACAACAUACAAAUAUUUCAGAUCAUCCAUCACAUUUUAAUAUCAUACAAAGCUAAACCUUAGCGCUCUGUAAUAGUAAUAAUAAAUUAAUAAUGCAGUUUUCAAA